UGCGGGGAGUGCCUGCAGCCCUGCCUCCAGGUGCCGUCCCCGCUCUGCCCGCUCUGCCGCAUGCCCUUCGACCCCAAGAAGGUGGAGAAGGCUUCCAGCGUGGAGAAACAGCUCUCGUCCUACAAGGCUCCCUGCCGAGGCUGCAGCAAGAAGGUGACCCUCGCGAAAAUGCGCUCUCACGUCUCAUCCUGUGCAAAGGUGCAGGAGCAGAUGGCCAACUGCCCCAAAUUUGUUCCGGUUGUCCCCACAUCCCAGCCUAUCCCCAGCAAUAUUCCCAAUCGCUCCACGUUCGUGUGCCCGUACUGCGGGGCCCGGAACCUGGACCAGCAGGAGCUGGUGAAGCACUGCAUGGAGAACCACCGCAACGACCCCAACAAAGUGGUGUGCCCUGUCUGCUCAGCCAUGCCCUGGGGGGACCCCAGCUACAAGAGUGCCAACUUCCUCCAGCACCUCCUCCACAGGCACAAGUUCUCCUACGACACAUUCGUGGACUAUAACAUUGACGAGGAGGCAGCGUUGCAGGCUGCCCUGGCCCUGUCGCUCUCUGAGAACUGAGGGUGACUGCGGAGCAUCGGUUCGGACCUCCCCUCACACCCCAACUCCUUUUGCACACUUGGACUUUCCUGCCAGGGAGGCAUGGAGCUCGUCAACCCCCCGGAGACCCACUGCCACCUCUCCUUCCUCUCCUCUGCGCAAAUCCCACCUUGUUUAAGAAGGUGGAGUCUCUUUAGUGUCGCGCUGGACCGGCGAGCAAGCAGAGACAGCGGCUGCUGGGAGGAGAGAGGAGUGGGCACCGAAGGGCUGGGGUCGUUCCUCGGUUAGACAUUUCAUAUCCGUAUCCAGAGUAUAUACACCCAUAUCCAGAUCUAUUUAUUAUUAGAUGCUUUUUGGCACC